CUUUCUUCAUAUAUAGUUGUUGUUUGCGAUAGAUAAAAGAUUAUGCUUUAAGUUUAAUACUAUAGACAACACUACAUCAAGAAAUUCAGGAAAGAACGAAUAUAUUGUUUGUAGCAAAAGAGUUUUAUAAUGCCACGUGGGAGAAGUUAUGUUAAUAACGCUAUGAACAGGAGUUUAGGAAGGGUUGGUAUGGCCAUGGGAAGUGCACCUGUAUCUGCUGGUUCCUCAAGUGGCUACUCCAGUUUUAGUGCCAGAGCCUACGUGGAUAAUUCUGCAAAUAGAAGCCUUGGAAGAGUGGGUAUGCCUUUAGGCAGUGCACCUGUGUCAAGAUCUUUUGACAGUGGAGGCUCACGUAGACAGAGCAGCUCUUCUCAUAGAACAUACGUGGAUAAUGCUCCAAAUAGAAACCUUGGAAGAGUGGGCAUGCCUUUGGGUAGUGCACCUGUGUCAAGAUCUUCCAACAGUGGAAGCUCACAUAGACAGAUCGGCUCUUCUCACAGAACUUACGUGGAUAAUGCUCCAAAUAGAAACCUUGGAAGAGUGGGCAUGCCUUUGGGUAGUGCACCUGUGUCAAGAUCUUCCGACAGUGGAGGCUCACAUAAACAGAGCAGCUCCUCUCACAGAACUUACGUGGAUAAUGCUCCAAACAGAAACCUUGGAAGAGUGGGUAUGCCUUUAGGUAGUGCACCUGUGUCCUCCGACAGUGGAGGCUCACAUAGAAAAAGCAGCUCCAAAACUUAUGUGGAUAAUGCUGCAAAUAGAAGUCUGGGAAGAGCUGGUAAGCCCUUGGGUAGUGUACCUGUGUCAAAAUCUCAAAAUUCAUCAAAAAACAGUGCUUCAACGUCCGUGCCACGAACAUAUGCAGAUAACAAAAUGAAUCAGCUGUUAAAUAGAGUAGGGAAGCCACUUGGAUCAGUACCAGUUAACUCUUUUCAUGCUAAAAAAUCUUACGUUGACAAUUCUUUAAACAGAAAAUUAAACAGGGUUGGUAUGCCUGUUGGUAGCAAGCCAGUUUCAAAAACGUCGAUGGCUAAAAGCAAUGGUGACCCACGUUCUUUGAAAAAAGUCUACGUGGACAAUGCUGCUAACAGGAAAUUAAAUCGUGUGGGACUUCCUCUCGGAACCAAGCCUGUGUCCAGCAAAAAAUCUUCUGAUAAUCAAGACCUAAAAAUGGCCUAUCAUCAGCUAGCCAACAAUCCGCAUGAAGAUUUUAACGAAAAUGAUAUCCCUUACCGGGAUGAUAUACUUGAACUUUUGGAAUUGUGUGCUUCGCGAAUGGCAGCAUGGGAAAAUUUGUGCCAAGACCAUGCGCAGGAGGAUGUACCAUCACUACCUAGCUUAAUGGAACGUUUCCAAGGAACCAACAUUCACUCAGGACAUCCAGUUGAAUCUUACCCAGUACACACUACCUCAGAAAUUGACCCGCCUUUUCUUACAAAUCAAUAUGUCGCCUCUUACUUUGGCCAACAGCCCAUCUAUCAUAUACGUAACGUUGCAACUGAGGAAAGACCAUCUUUUACACAGUAUAAAGGCACUGUUAUUGACUUUAAUGAAAUAACAUUGGAAAACAAAGUUGGACAAGGUGGCUUUGGAGAAGUCUACGCAGGAAAAUGGUUGAGCAGAAGGGUAGCCAUUAAGAUACUGCGUGUUCAAAGAGUAAGCAAAAAACGACAAGCUCAAUUUGAAGGUGAGAUAAAAAUUUUUAAUGAGCUGUUUCAUAAAAAUAUCGUUACAUUUUAUGGGGCAUGUAUUAAGACGCCUAAUCUUUGCAUGGUGAUGGAGCUUAUGCAAGACAGCUUGUUUGAUAUGCUGCAUGUGAAAGAACAUCAGUUCGACGAAGCACAAAAAUAUUUUAUCGCGCAAGAAAUUGCAUGCGGAUUAUCAUAUCUCCAUUCGCAAAAUGUGGCGCAUGCAGACAUGAAACCUAGCAAUGUCUUAUUGAACACCUUCCAAGAUGAUAUUGCUUGCGUUAAAAUCACUGAUUUUGGUUUAUCCACGAUGAAAAGCGAGAGUGAAACGUCUACAAGUGUUGGCAAACAGGUCGGAAAUAUUGGCACGCCAAAAUAUAUGGCGCCAGAAAUAUUACGUGGUGAAUUUAUUGGUAGAGACGAAUUAAAGUUGGUGGAUAUUUACUCCUUUGGUUUAAUUAUCUUCGAGCUAUUCAGUGAAGAGAUACCUUUUGAAGAUCUGAAUAUCAACCAACUUCGAAAGCAAGUAGGAGAAGGAAGGUUUGUACCAGAGGUUGCAGAUUUGAAAAUAGAUAGUGGAAUUGUCACUAUUAUGGAGGAGUGCUGGUUGAGACAGCCAAAUAAAAGACCAUCUGCUGAGAAGUGCUACAAUGUGUUGGCAACAAAAAUAAAUAAACUUUAACAGACUGUUGGUGUGUUAUAAGUUCACAAUGGUUUGUUUUUAUUUAUACUUGUUAAAAUUUACCAUGAGAAAAAUUUUAAACCUUUGUGUACAUUUUCAUAAGAAUUAAUUGCUUGAAAGCUAAAGUUUAAAUGAGCUUAUGUUAACAUGUUGGACAAAACUGUUGUAAACAUUAUCAACUUUAUUUGCUUUUCUGGUAUUUUUGGAAAUUUUCACCUUUUAAUAUUCCUGCACAAUUUUGCAGAGUGUUUUUUUUUCAGAGAAUUUUUGAAUUAUUAGUAUAUUUUGAUAGUUGUUCUAUUGCAUUCAAUAUUACUUAAAAUUCCAAUAAAAGCUAUUUUGUUAAAACAAGUACAAUUUUGCUUUCGCUAGGUAGGGCUGAUAUACUUGGGAAUCCUUGACGAACUUGGGAAUGUACGCUAUUAGUGAUAGAAACAAAAUUUAAAUGAUGUUAGCUAAAUCGUUUUGGGGUUGUCCCAGAAUUCGGGUAAAUACUUUGUGAGUGAAUAAUUUAAUACUUCUAAUAAAUGUUUUAUGUUUUUGGUAAUUAAUUUAUUAAAAGUUAUUUAUUUAAAAAGUUAUUGUAGAAGUUAAUCCAGUGGAUACAAAUACGAAUACAACAGGGAAACUCCCUAGUUUAUGUUAAAAAUUUUAUAAACAGACUUAUAAUAUUUAUAGCAACCAGGCUGUAGAAGGUACGUUCUUGGGGGUUGAGUGAUAAAAUACAGUACAUUCGUUAACACGCAAAGGACCGAAAAAUUUAUUCAAAUUAUCGCAUAGAAGGCAAAAAAAGAAUUCAGAUAUAAUUUCUCAAAUUUGUCUUUGCUAACGACUAGAAUGUGUAAGAAUUUGUUACAAAUUCUUAUAAAGUAAUUUUACAACCAAUAACGUAAAAAAAGAAAGGGUUUUUUUUUCAUUACAGUUUUAAAUUAUGAGGGACCGAAAAACUGCUCGAAUUAGCGAAAUGUUCGAAUUAGCGGAGUUCGAAUUAAGCAGCACAAAAUACAAGACUUUAUUAAACCAAACUCAAUGGACCGGAAAAUUAGAUUUGAAUUAACGAAUGUGUACUGUAUGGUUUUAUCGUGAGACGUUCUUACUUUUUUUUUACAUCUUCAGCAUAGAAUUUUUCUUAUUUUGUUUUUGUUGUUGUAUAUUUUAUAAGUAUUUUUAUUUAUAAGUAUAUAAUGUAUCCUGUUACGAAGCUUACCAGUAGUUAGAGAAGAUGAUGUAACGAAUUAAAAUAUUUCUAAAUAUUUCCAAUGAGAAAUGAGAAAAAUUUCAGCCUUUAUAUUGAUUUUAUUCUCAUUUUUUAGCCAUUUUCACUCAUAGAGUUUAAAAAGUGUAUUUUAGCUAACAGAUAUGUUGUUAAAAGCCCUAUUAGAUGAUCAGCUAUCCCACCAAGAUACCUUUUGACGUUGCAUGCUGUAAAAAUCCGCACCAUAAAUUAUAGAUUUAAUUAACCACGAAAGCUUUUACUUUACAUAUUGUUACGUUGUUUUUUAUAUCACUUUUAUUUAGUUGCAUUAUUUAAGAAAAUUAGCAAGUUCUGA